AUGAAUGAGAGCGAAAGUUCAGAUUUGCAAAGUAUCUUAUUGAAAUCGCUUGGAGGUGAUAAAUUAUCAGACAUUGGCCGUGAAAAGCACGAUGAAGAAGUGUUGCAGAAGAAAAUUGAACAACAUUUUACCACAUAUGUCAUGAAUUUCAAAGAGCUCGAAGAUAAUCUAAUCAACAAGCGUUUGGGCGAGAUGGAAUCACGUUUAAUGGCGCGACUCGAGCAACUUUCAUCGAGAAUCGAAUCGGAUUUCGAUCAGAAAUUAGGCAAAGCGAAACGCGAGUCCGGUGAUGGCCAAAGCAGCCUUUCAAAUGAAAUCUCAGACCUGGCAUCAGCGAUAGCGAAUCAACGUAAUGAAUUCGAUAUGGUUAGUUGUCGUUUCAACGCCUUGAUUGUCGUGUCGUAUCGUAUCGCUCGUUAUGUUAAAUUUUUUCAUUCAACUAAAUUUUGA